AUGUCUAGUUAAUGUUCUUUUGAAGAAAUAAACUUAUCAAUAGAUAUGAGUAUGGAAAGUGUAAACUUAAAAGUCUUUUAAAAUACAAAUGAUACUGAGAUAGAUUUCAAUUAAUUAGAGUCCGCUAUCUUAAGUUCUAAACAAGAUGGACUUUCAAAAUUGAUCAAAGGAUCUGAUUAAUAUUAUUAUCAGUAUUUCCUCAACAUCUUAAAUACCAAAGGAUAUAAAUUAGAUUCUUAGUAAUAAGAACAUUUUGAUUAAUAUAAAAAGAUGAAUACUGAGAAUUAUUAAAAGAUUCGAUUAAGAUCUCUUUUUAUGGAAUAUGAUGAAUUAAUGAAGAUGGAACAGACAGAAAAAGUGAUAUUGAAGUUAAAAUAGAUAUUAAUAAAAAUUAACAAAAUAUUAUUUGGGAUAAGCUUUGAUGAUUUAUCAUCAUAAAAUUUAAAUAGUGAAUAAUAAUAAUUAAUAAUAUAAAAAUAAUAAGGGCUAAGUGGGAAUGCACAAGUCAAAGUUGGACUUUCAGAGUUUGAUAAUAGUAAAUUUUCAAUAGAGGAAUAUCUAAAAAAUGCUUAUACUGAUAAAGGAAUAUAAAAAAUAAAGAAUAAUCUUCUAUCGAAAUUAGAUCUUAUACAAUUAUCAAAAUCUCCUAUUAAAGUAAUUGACAAUUUCUUCAGUAGAAUUGAUACUUUAAUAAUAGAGUAAUUUUAAUUAUAUUGAUUAGAUUAAAUGACAUACCAGAGUUAUAUAAUGAAUUGAUGAAGCGAGAAGAUUAUAAAAAUAAAUUUGAAGCUAUUCACUUUAAAAAACUUACUCUUACAUAAAUGAAAAAAAUAUCAAAUUUAAAUAAUAGAUUUGUAGAAAAUAAAUAAUUUGUUGGAUAUUUCUUCUUUAAAAAGUAUAGUUUAGGUAAAUAUGAUAAAUAUGAUGAAAAUUUUUAAGAAAAUAAAGAAUUCUUUUUAUCAAAUUUAAACAAAGCAUAUAUAUGGAGUAAAAGAUUACCUGAAACAUUUAAGUCUUUAAGCGAUUAAAUAUUACUUGAAUUACUUUAAUUAGGUAAUAGUGAAGUAUAAUUUUUUAGGAAUUGAAUUUAAUCAUUUUGAUUUUGAUUUAUUUAUAGAAUACUUAAAAAAUCCCAAAGAUUAUUAUUCAAACAGUACUUAGUAACAAAGAGAGAUUCAAAAUAAAAUUAGAAGAGAAUAUUAAUCUUUUUGGCAUGAAUUUCAUGACUUUAAUUUUUAGAGAUGUAUUUAAUUAAUUAUAUUAAAAAUAGGGAUAAAUGCUGAUAAAAUCAUAGAAAAGUAUUUAGAGAAAUAUUUCUAAUCAAAUGAUAAUUAUAGCAUAUUUGAGUUAUAUUUAGAAGAUAAUUAUUUAAAAACAUUGAAAGCUGAAUGUAAACUUUAUAAAGGUGAAGAAGUUUCAAAUUUGACAGAAUUCUUCACUAAUUCUUAAAUUAAAUAGAUGAAUAAUAAUAAGAUCCUUAAUUUGUGUGAUAAUAAUAAAUAAUAUUUUUUUUAAGGAGAUCCAGUGACUUUAUAUUUAGAAUUAAAGAAUAUAGCAAAUCUAACAAUCAAAAUAUUUUAGAUCAAUAUGAAAAACUUUUAUAUGGCUAAGAGUGAAUAAUUAACAUCAAAUAUAUGUCUAGAUGGAUUCAUUCCAAUAGAAGAGAUAAAUUUUACUUACGAUUAUCCUCCAAUUAAGAAAGUUAUUAAAGAGUUUUCAUUUGAAUCAAUUUAAAAAAUUGAAAGAGGAACUUUUAUUAUAGAAUUUAUAGGAAAUGGUUUAUCCUCAAAAGCUAUUAUUGAAAAAGGAAGAUUGUGUUUGCAUUAAACAAUUGUAUCUGCAGGGUAUAAAUAUGAAAUAUUUGAUGAAAAAUAUGAAAAGUUGGUAGAUGAUCAAAUAUGUAUUUGGAUAAAUGAAACUUGUUAUAAAUAAUAAAAUGGAGAAAUUAUUUUACCUUUUCCAGAGUUUGAAACAAAGUAUUCUGCAAUUAUUCAACAUGGAGAUUUUUAUUAGAAAGCAUAACUUAAUUUAUAACCUGAAUCAUUUUAACUCCUUUGUGCUUUUAUACUAAAUGAUGAAUAAAUUUAAUUAGGAUAAGAAGUUACCAUAAUCAUUAUCCCAAAAUUAUUAUUAAAUGAUUAAGAUAUUGGUUUUGGAUUUUUUAAAGAAUAACAAAUAUUAGUGACUUGUGUAAAUGAAAAAGGGAUUCCAUAAACAUUUACUUAUAAAGACCUAAUAUUUGAAAGCAAUAUACCUUUAGAAAUUAAAUUUCCAAUUACUUAACAAUUAAGAAAUAUUGAAAUAGAAGUAUCAGGAAAAAUCAAAAGAUUGCGUUUUAAUUAAGAUUUGAUAUUAAAAAAGAAUCAUAAAGUUAAAUUCAAUCAUGGCUAAUCUUAACAUAUAUUUUUAAAAUAAUUGCUAAAAUUUGAUUAAAAUGAUGGAUAUUCAAUCAUUUUAUUAGGUAAAAAUGGAGAACCUUAAUCAAAUGUUUAAGCUUAGAUUUAAUUUGAACAUUCAGAUAUUGAAGAUCAGUUAUAAGAAAAGCUUAUUACAAAUCAAUAAGGGUAAAUAAAAUUAGGGUUUUUGAAAAAUAUAAAAAAAAUAUCCUCUUCUAUUAUCUCAACAAACUUACAGAUUGAAAAAAAAGAAUGGGAAAUAUCCAAUCCUUAUACACUUUAUUUAGAAAACUAAUUUGAGACAUUUGUUGUUGGAUAAAAAUUAACUCUUAGAUAUCCUUCUGAAUCAACAGAAUAAGAUAUUCUAUUUUAUAAAACAAAAAAUAUGAAAUCAGUGUUUUUACCAGUUAAAAAUCUUAUUAAUAAAAUAGUUAAGGAUACAAAUUCAAUAACUUUAUAAUUUGAGAAGAAAGGAUUGUAUAUACUUGAAUUCUUGAAAGAAAAAGUAAUUUAUCAAUUUAAUGUUCUUGGAGAAAAUGUGAAAUAAUAAGAUAAUCUAAUAUAUACAUAAACAAAAAGAAUCACCUAAAACUUAAAUGAUAAAACUUUUUCUUUAGAAAAUACAAAAAUAAGUGAAAAAGAUUAAAACUUUCUCAUUGAAGGAGAUUAUAUAUCUUCAAAUUAAGUAAAAUUAAUUGCUUUGGCAACAACUUUCUUUCCAAAAGAAUUAUCAAUCAUAAAUAAAUAAAUGGGAUCAAUAUUUUAUUCAAAUAAUUUUGAUAACCAUCUUAGAAUAGAAUUGAGAGAUAAUAUUUAUUUAUCUAAUUUAAAAUAAUCAGAGGAAAUAAGGUAUAUUAUUGAAAGAAAAAACUAAACAAAAUAUGUAGGAAAUACUUUAGAAAAACCUUAAAUAUUAUUAAAUAGACUUAUCGCUGAUAAGACUGUAACUUAAGAAGAAUAAAUAUUAAAAUAAGAUCAUAAUUUAACAGGAAAUGAACGAAAAAGAUGCGCUUCUCCUAGAUUACAAAGAAAAGUAUUACAAUAAUUUGAUGGAAAUUAAUUAUGUGAUAGUUUUACUGAGUUCUUAGCCUUUCCUGGAAAAAUAAUUAGCUAAAUUAAUAUUGACAAGAAUCAUUUUUCUUUUGAAGUUUCUCGAUAAUAUUCAACUGUCCUUUUAUUUGCUUAUAUAAGUGAAGCAUAUUUAUCUAGAGUAUUGCCACUAUAAAAUAGUGUAAUAUAAACGAAAAAUCUUUGUCAUUAGUCAUCUUUGUCAAAAGAUAAAUUUUAUUCAACAUUUCGUAAUACCAAGCAAAUAAAGCCUAAUAUUCCACAUUAAAUUCAGGACAUAACUUCAACAGAAAUUUUUGUUUUAGAUAACUUAAAUGUAUUAUUUAAAAUUCAAAAGGAGUUAAUGAAAAUCAGUCAUCAAAAAUUAAUUUCAGAUGAUGAAAAAUUAAUAAAUUAACUUUUGAAAUGGAAUUAAGAGCCUCUUCAAUCCCAACAUAAAUUUUAUAAUUAACAUUAAUGCGAUGAACUCAAUCUAUUUUUGUAUUUCAAAGAUUAAGCAUAUUUUUAAACAUAUAUUUUAAAAUACAUAUCAAACAAAAUAGAAAAGUCUUUUAUUGAUUAUUUUUUGUUAAAUGAUUAGUAAACACUCACAAAAUAUGAAUAAGUUACAUAGUUUAAAUAGUUAAAUGCAUUAGAGUAGGCACUCUUGAUUAUUUAUUAUUAAGAAAUUAUAGAUAAAAAGGAUGAAGCAUAAGCUAUGGCUUAGUAUAUGAAUUAAUAAAAUAACAACGAAUUUAUUAAACAAGAUGAUGAUAGAUAUAAAACAUUAUUUGAUACAAUUUUAUGUGUAUAGAAGGAAUCCUCUGAUGAAAAAGAAGAAAUUGUAGAAUAAAAACCUUAAGAAUCUUAAUCUAUUUAACCUCCAUAAGAAACAAUGAUUAACAGAAUACCAAUUUCAAAAACUAAGAAAAUUUCUAAAUAAAUGUUUGAUAGUAUAGAUUAUAAAUAACAGGAAGAUGAUUAAUAAAGUAUGGCAUCAAUGACUUUAUCAAUUAAAAGAAAAGCUUCAAUUACAAUGGAUGUAUCAAAAGCAAAACAAUAUUUGGGUUAAUAAGAAGCCCUUAAAUAUGAUAAUAUGAGAGAACAUUUAACUAAGACUUUCAAAAAUGCAGAAACUACCAAUGAAUAUUGUGAGAAACAUUAUCGAUAUGGUGUUAAUUAAAAAGAUUUUUUUAACUUAAUUAAGUUCAAAUAGUUUUAUGUCGAUCUUGUGAAUCAUUCAAUCUAAAAAGGUUUUCUAAAAGAAGAUUUCUGUCCUUCAUCCUUUAUGUUUUGCACCAAUAAUUUUACAGAAAUACUAAGUGUUUUGGCAUUAGUUAGUUUACCUUUUUAAGCACCAUAAUUUAACUAAUCUAAAAUUGGUAAUAAAGGAUUAGAAAUAAAUUAUGAAAGUACUGCACUUAUUUUUACAAGAGAAAUUAAAGAGGCAGAGGUCUAACUUAAUUCUAAAAUUAUUAUAAAUUAAACAUUUUUAGAUAUUUCUGAAGAAAAUCAGAUUGAUUAAGAUGGUAAUGAAUAUGAAUAAGAUUUAAAUGAAUUUUUUAUCAAAAAAGUAUAUUGUUGUAAAAUAGUUGUAACAAAUUGUUCAGCUAUGUCACAAACCUUUUAAUUACUAGUAGAAAUUCCUAAUGGAUCUAUUCCAGUUUAUACAACAUUUUCAACUAAAACUUUCACUUUGACUUUUGCUCCUUAUUAAACAACAAUUUAAAAAUACUAUUUCUAUUUCCCAAAAUCAGGGAAUUUUACAAUUUAUCCAGCUAAUAUAUCAAAACUUGGUAAAGUAAUUUAAAUAGCUAAUGAAAAAACAUUUUUAGUUUAUGAUUAAAAACCAAAAGUGAAUCUAGAAAAUAUAAAUGAAGUAUUAUCAACAGAUAAUAAUUAAGAUAUUUUCAAUUAUAUAGAGAAUAAGAAUAUUUUUAACUUAAAAUCAUUUAAUCCUAAAUUAUUAUACCAUAAAUUUAAUGAUAAAGUAUUCUAUGAUCAAGUGAUGUAAAUAUACAGAAAAAGGAAAUUUUAUGAUUUUCAUAGUUUUGCUUUUUCUUUACUACAUAAUAAUGUUGCAUGUUUAUAAGAGUUAUUCAUGACAGAAUAAGCUUAAAAUGCAUUAAAAAGUAAUUUUAAAUAUUUUAAAUGUUCUUUGUUUGAAAUUAAUUCAAUCAGAAUCUUAGAGUAUUAUCCCCUUAUAAUAAAAAGAGUUCAUAAUUUAAAAUAAGGAGAGAAUAAUAUUUUAAAUGUAUAAUUUAGAAAAUAAUAUACUAAUUAUUUAAUUUAUUUAUUAGAAAAACCUGAAUUCUCAACUGUUGAUAAAUUAGUCCUCAUUUAUUAUUUAUUAUUAUAAGAGAGAGUGAAUGAGGCUGUUUAGAUUUUUUCUUAAAUUACUGAAAAAGAAUAGAAAGAAUAAUAAUUAUAAUUUGAUUAUUUAUCAGCAUAUUUAGAUAUUUAUACCGGAUAUCCUAACUUUUAAAGGGCUAGGGAAAUAUGUCAAAGAUAUUUGAGUUAUCCUGUAAUACAUUGGAGAAAUAUGUUUUAUGAAAUAAUAAAUUUAUUUAUAGAGUAUGAUGGUGAAGAAGAUAAUCAAUUUUCUAAAUUAGAUUUAGCUUAAUAAAAUAAACAGAAUGAUUUAAUUAAAAAAGAAGAAACCUUAGCUUGUAUUAUAGAAGGCGAUUAAAUUAGUAUUACAUACUCAAAUUUGUAAGAAGUGAAAAUAGAAUACUAUAAAUUGGAUAUUGAAGUUUUGUUUUCAAAUAAUCCAUUUAUGAAGAAUAUUAUACAAGAUUUUUCAAUAGUACUUCCAAAUGUAUGUGUAACACAUAAACUUGAAGGAUAAGAAAUUCAAAAGAAGUAUUAGAUUAUAUUUAUUAAUUUAGUAUUUAUUAAUAAAAAAUAAAAAUACCUAAUGAAAUAUCAAAAGAGAAUUUGUUUGUGACAAUAAAAGGUUUAAAGAAAUCAGUAACUUGUAAGUAUUAACCAACAUCUUUAUUUGUCUAAACAAUGGAGGACUCUGGUUAGAUUAGAGUAUUUAAUUAAUAAGGUUAAUACUUAUCUAAAGUUUAUGUAAAAGUGUAUUCAAAAAAUAAAAGUGAAAAAGAAACAUUUCAUAAAGAUGGAUAUACAGAUUUAAGAGGAAGAUUUGAUUAUGCUUCUCUUAGCUCAUCAACCCUAAAUGAUAUCACUAACUUUUCUAUUUUGGUUUAUCAUGAAGAAUUAGGUAAUUAAUAUUUAUAUAUCAUUUUAGGAUCUAUUAUUUAAUAAGUUUAACCUCCUCCAACAUUACCAUAAUAUGAAAAAGAAAUUUAAUUGAUUGGAAAUAAAUGGAGACAAUAAGAAAAUUAAGAAAUGUAAUAAUAACAAUAAAUUUACAAUUCAAAGCUUUCAAAUAUAUGUAAAGGCAGGAAUGGAAAGUAAAUAUAAGCAGAUUGAGUAGAUUUGAG